AUGGGGUACGGGCUGUGCGCCGGGAUCGCGGCGUCGAUCGAGCGCGGAGGCGACGCGAGGGCGAUCGUCAUCGUCGGCGACGGCGGCUUCCAGAUGACGCUCAACGAGCUCGGCGCCGCGACCCAGCAGGGCGGCACCGCGAUCCAGCACGGGUGCAGGCUCCUCCUCCUCGUGAUCGACAACGGCCUGCUCGGCCGCGUCGAGCACGGCUUCAAGAACGCAAAGGGCUGCGAGAUCACCGGUUGCGAUUGGGUCGCGUUGGCGCGCGCGUACGGCGCCGACGGCACGCACGUGGCCCGAGACAGCGAGAUCGAGGCCGCCCUCGACGCUGGCCUGAGCGCGAAGGGCGUCUUCGUCCUCGCGGCGCGGUGCGACCCGGCGCUCAGGGCCGAGAUGGCAAAGACCUCGGACGGCAUCAUGCCGCCGUGGCUCGAGCCGCCAGGCAACCACGUGGAGUCAGGCUGAAGGGGCCUGACCACGGCAGGAAGGGACUGCGUUCCACGCGCACCGGUUUGUACAGGGGAGGCGUGAUCGUGUGAUGGGCAUUCUCCGUUCUUUCUGAGGGGGGUGAAGGUGUGUCUCGGUGCUUUGGCUUGCGCGUCGUUGUGGUGGGUUAUGUGCCGUCGCGCAGAGCACACGCGACCGAGAGCGCAGAUCGAACUUCGAAGUGGUGGACUGGUGUCACAGCGCUUGUGCCGUGUCGGGAGUGUGCGUGUGAGUGUGUUGCGUUUGAGCAUUGAGGAGGAACAUCUCUGUGUUCAAUCGAC